AUGUUUCAAACUUUCAGUGGCAGCUCUCGUCGUCCACGCCAAGUCAAUCUCUCGGGCCAGAAUCUAAAUCCAUUUACUGCGAGCUCUUGGUCUCCGUCUGCUGCUGGAACCCAACAGACUGUUGCGAAUGCUCAGCAGGAAAGGCAGCAACGACAACAGGAGCGAGAACGAUUGAAUGCUUCAAGAACACUGCAGCGGGCAUGGCGAGGACAUAAAGUUAGGACGGAGCUGGCAGAUACGCGGAGACGAUCCUGGGACAAGUCCAAUACCGAGCAACUGAGCUCUUCGGGGGCGGAUUCAGUACUGGCAGAGCAGUUGCGACUUAUUGUAACAUUCUUCAACCAUCGACGGCGAGAUGAUCUGGACCGACUAGUAAACCUCAGCCAAAGGAUAUCUCACGCCGGGUUUGAGACAUUUUUGGCUCGCCACGAUGUUCAAACUCGACUGGUUCGACUGGGAAACAUUGCUCUUGAGGCUCUGCAAGUUUUACUCCCUCGAUGUCCACCCACACUUCUUCAGCUUCUCAUCGCUAGCAUCAAUAGAAGGCCAGAAGGCUUUUCACAUAUAUCUCGAACUUACUACACCUUCCUCUCGUCACUUUGUUGCCAAACAAAACCCGAAAAUAUCGAUAAAGGUCUAAUACUGACUGCCAUAAGGAUCCCUUUGAUCGAGCAAAUAGAGUUGGAUAAGACCGGUGCGUACCUUUUAUCGAAAUACUUCCUUUUGGGUGGAGCUGACAGGUUAAUAGAUGAUCGCGUUUUGAAUUCAUAUGCCGCAUUUGCACUAUGUUUCUUGACGACACCAGACUUAGCAAACGUUUUAGGGGGUUUGGAAGGAUUAGCAGCAGUCGUCAAUAUUAGCCAGGUAUCCGCAGCUCUUGUUCGUUCCCUAUCUUCGAACCCAGCUGUACGAGUUGAAAAUAAUGGCAGGCUUUGGCUCCUGGCCCAUUUCAUCUCUCUAAAUCGGCUUCAGCGGAGAGAUACGCAAGAGCCGAACUUCCUGAGGGCAUUAUCGAUCCAACUGUCAGAUUGCUCUGCCGACAUUGUUGGCCGAAUCGAUGCUACAGACCCAGAGGCAUUGCAAGAGUCUGCUAAUGGAGAUGCCGAGAAAGAUGCCAUUUCACCUUUACCAGACUUCAUAAAAGCCGAAUUUCUCUCCUUGGUCAACAAAGCUAGCAUUACAGGUCUGUUGGCCAGGUUCAAUAUCGACUAUGCAAAAGCGUCUGCGAUCGGAGAAGAAGAUGCGAGUUUACUGGCGAGUUAUGCCCUAACUCUACUAAGGAUAUUUCCACGCCGUGGGGAUGAGAUUAGAAUGUGGUUGUAUCUUGGCUCCAUGAAUACGUCAAAGGGAGUGCAAAUCCCUGCUUUGAAGUUCUUUUGGCAAGCUCUGAUCUCGACCAACAUUUUCGCGGUUAUUAGAGGCGACUCGAAAGCUGCCUUGGCAACCUUACGACCCCAAACACAACAGCAAUCCGCGUCGGUAGCACCAAGUAACAUGGCUCAAGACCGGGAAUGGCGGACAGUGUUAUUAUUUCUCGAGCUUUAUACAUUUGUCCUUAGAUUUACCGAUGAUGAAGAGUUCUUGAGUGCAAGUGAACCACGUUUCGGGCGCACUGCGGAACCAGUGUCUCAUAUCCGUGCAAGCGCUCUUCCUAUUGAAGAUGUAAAACAACUCACAAUAUUUCUCAAAAACUUAGCGUUCACCACUUACUACAACGCUGGAGAGUUAGCUGAUGGCGGCCAACAAGAUGCAGGUCUGGGCGCAUAUUUUGGAACACCAGCAGGCUCACGAUUCCAAAUCCAAGAGCCCGAAGAGAAAAAUAAGCAUGUUGCACCUCGACCAUUUGCAGGCAUUGCUGGUAUGACGUUUAACUAUGUGAGAACUAUCGUCACGGGAGUCAUGCGUAUGCUUUAUGAACGAGAUUCCAGGCGCCACUUCUUACCUAAAGGUCACUGGCUAAUGACAUCUCGAUUUGAUAUGGAAGGUUUCAUUCCUGCUGUGGUCAUGGAAGAAGAGCGGCAGCACGAGGUCAGAGAAGAGGGUGACGACGAUGAUCACGAUCCUGAGGAUGAAGAGGAUGCUUUCGGGACGCGACGUGACAUGGGUCUUGUAGGCAUGUCUAGGCCAAGACGGGCUGUUCAGAUCGAGCAAAUGAGAAAGCAGCAACAAAAGGCCGCUCGACAGAAAGUCCUAGCAGCUGUCGGACCAAGACUCGAAGUGCUACAAAAUAUGCCCUUCGUUAUUCCGUUUGAAACCCGCGUUCAGAUAUUUCGACAGUUUGUACUUCUCGAUCAAACACGCAGACGAGAUGGCAUCGUGGACCCCGAUGCGUGGCGGAUGGCAAUGAGCAGCCAAUCCCACAUGGCGGCGAGACGCAGAGUAUCUGGAAAUGAACUGCUUGGCCGACAUCAUGCGAAAAUUCGUAGAGACCAAGUCUUUGAUGAUGCAUACGAACAAUUCUACGACCUAGGCGAAGGGUUGAAGGAACCAAUCCAAAUCACCUUUGUGGACCAAUUCGAUACGGUCGAGGCUGGUAUUGAUGGUGGCGGCGUCACCAAAGAAUUCCUCACAAGUGUUACAAAUGAGUCGCUGCGUGGGGAGGAAGGCCCGAACUGGUUUAUAUCUAAUGACCAAAACCUCCUCUACCCAAAUCCUGCCGCUUUGGAGGAGCGUAAGGGAUACAUGAGAACGGUGGGGAUAAAGGAGUCUUCGCCUGAAUGGCGCGAGAAUAUCAAAGAGUUAUUGAGACGAUACGAGUUUUUAGGCCGGAUUGUAGGGAAGUGUUUAUAUGAAGGCAUCUUGAUUGAUAUCAGCUUUGCAGGUUUCUUUCUCCUCAAAUGGGCUGCUUCUGGAGCUGCUGGGACGGAAUCGGGAUACCGUGCGAACAUCAAUGACCUUCGAGAUCUUGAUGAGAGCCUGUAUCAGGGUUUGCUGAAGCUGAAGAAUUAUCCUGGAAAUGUUGAGGACUUCUCUCUUGAUUUCACCAUCACAGACACAAUCUCAAUGCUCGGUGAGCCUACACAAACAAUCACGAGGGAGCUCAUGCCAAACGGAUCAAAUAUUGCCGUUACCAACGAGAAUCGGCCGCUGUAUGUGUCUUACGUAGCACGGCAUCGACUCCAGGUCCAACCAUACCACCAAACUCAAGCUUUCCUCAAAGGCCUCGGAGAAAUCAUCAAGCCAUCAUGGCUGUCGAUGUUCAAUCAAUCUGAGCUGCAAACUCUAGUCGGUGGAGACUCGUCUCAGAUAAAUGUUGAGGAUCUAAGACGAAACACGCAAUAUGGAGGUGUCUAUGUGAUCGGUGAUGACGGACUCGAACAUCCAACUAUCCAACUCUUUUGGAAAGUGAUGAAGGAGCUCGACGAUUCGGAUCGCCGAAAGGUCUUGAAAUAUGUCACCUCGACUCCAAGGGCUCCAUUGCUCGGCUUCUCGCAGCUCAAUCCCCGAUUCAGUAUUCGCGACGCUUCAAGUGACGAGGAGCGAUUACCUAGCACCAGCACGUGCGUUAACCUACUGAAGCUACCAAGAUAUUCGACUGCAAAGAUACUGCGAGACAAGCUUUUGUACGCUGUUAACUCGGGGGCCGGAUUUGAUCUUAGUUAG